GCGAGUGGUACAGGUCAGUGGACAGGUUCACCUGCGCAGGUGUGAGCAGACUGCAAGUGCUCGGAUCACAUUUAGGCUUCUGUAGAAACACAAUUAAAGUUAGAAGGAGGGAAUUGAUUUAAAGUCUCUCAGUGAACUAGUGCUCAGAGAGUCGAGGAUGCCGCGUGCGUUUCUGGUGAAGAGGAAACAGGCCGCAGGUGCCGGAUGGCAGUGGAAAGAACCGGACUCCAGCAUCAGUUCCACAUCAGCAGCUGUACAGACAAACAAUGGUGCUGAUCUACAAUCAGUUCCGGACACCACUCUACAGUCUGUUCAUAAACGCACACCUGCUCUGGAGUCAGUCCGUGUAUCUCGUACUGUUGAUUAUGGGAUGGAGAGAGUUCAACCUCAGCAGGUGCCACAGAGUUCUCGUCGUCCUCCUCCUCCUCAUCCUGCUGCUUUAACAUCAGCACCACAGAACAAGGGGCGUGAAUCGGCCGCUGUCUCAGAGUUUCUGUGUUCUGUAUGUCAUAAAGUGUUUCCUCUGCAGCGCAUGUUAACGCGUCACCUCAAGUGUCACAGUAUGAUAAAGAGGCACCCCUGCAGAUACUGCGGGAAAGGCUUCAACGACACCUUUGAUCUGAAGAGACACAUGAGAACUCACACAGGUAUCCGCCCGUACCGGUGUGAGCUGUGUGAGAAAGCGUUCACACAGCGCUGCUCUCUGGAGUCACACCUGCGGAAGAUCCACAGUGUCCGGCAGCAGUACGCGUACCGUCAGCGCCGCUCCAAGAUCUUCGUGUGCGAGGACUGCGGCUUCACCUCCAGCCGCCCGGAUGAGUAUUUCAUGCAUGUGCGACAGCAGCACCCGAGCAGCCCGGCCCUCCGCCGCUACUACCGCAAACACAUGCUGGAGACCCCCGCACAACACGGCAUCCGCCCGUUCAUGCUGUACCCCGCCGCGGGACUCUACAUGUGAAUCUCCGCUGGAACUGUGUUCACUCAAUCACUUCAUCCAUGUGUCCAUACUGACCUGUAUUAUCUGGAUAUGAGUUGCACUGUGUGUUCAGAUGCCACAUUUACAGAACAUUACAUCUCUCAACAUUAUUUCAAGCUGAUGUGUGUAGUUUUUUCGAUGUUAAAUUAAUCUCUCCUAUCCCAGCUUAAUAGACAGGGGUUACACAUGAACCAUUAGUAGGCUGAUUAUCCCCGAAAUGUGUAUACACUGUGUCUACAGCACUUUCAAUAUUGUCUUGUUUGUACGAGUGACCCGUUCAGCUCAACGCAGCAAAACCGGCUCAACCAAUGGCAUGUGUUGGGGGGUGGGGCUAUCUGUGUGUCCGACCAAUGGCAGAUGAAGGGUGUAUUUGAAAAGCUUUUUUAAAAUUUUGCAAUUCUGUUUGGUUUAAACUAGUGGCGCAGAAAUGACACACGUCAGCUUUAAACAUAUUUAAUCAAUCUAAAACAACUUUCAUAGGUACACUACAUGUACACGGACCAAACGUGUGUGCUGUGAGAAUUCUGCUUCAUUUAUAGAGAUUAGAGGCAGUUCAUUGUUGUCAAUAAACACUGUUUAUUAUCACCUGUUUUAAAAGACAAUUAAAGAUUGUAAACAUGAAUCAAGUAACACUACAGGAAAAUCUUCAAAUCAAUUCAUCAUUGUUAUAACGUUGAUGUAUAAACCUGUUUGUUUAACCUCCCGAGACCCGAGCACGAAUGCUGUGUGCAUUUUCCAUUUCCCUUUUUGAUUUGUAGGGAAGUAGCACUAAAUAAACAUGCUAAAAAAUAUUUGCUUUUUUUUUCUAAAGCAAAUUGUUUUCCUAAUAAUGCAUGUCCUCAUAUGUGGACAGCGGGACUAAGUUGUGAAAAUUGAAAUUAUACCAAACUAUAUAAAGUCUUAUUAUUAUUUAUGUUUGCAGGAGUGUUGAUUAUUCAUGUUUAUGAGAUGUUACAGACAUUACAUCAUAAAUUAUCAUAAUCAAUUCAGAUUUACAGUAAUGUCCAGCAUCAUCCAAUCACUGCCAACCAUGUUCAAAUAAAAUGAUCCAUUAUAAAUGUUGAAUCUAUGUACUGAUGAUCAUUGUCCCAUGUGUGUCAAACAUGUUGAGAGAUCCAAACAUCAUCUGCAGCUGAAACUGAGUGAACGCACUUAACUGCAUAGAGAGCUAUAGGAUGCUCCCUUGCUCCCUAUUUAGUGCAUGACUUAACCUCCAGUGUGCCGUCUGUCUGCACUGGUCUCAGAACAGUUAUAGGAGAGCUAUGGGAUGCUCCCUUGCUCACUAUUCAGUGCAUGACUUAACCUCCAGUGUGCUGUCUGUCUGCACUGGUCUCAGAACAGUUAUAGAGAGCUAUAGGAUGCUCCCUUGCUCCCUAUUUAGUGCAUGACUUAACCUCCA